GAGAGAAAAACGCAGAUGAGAUCAUCUCUCCGCUCGACGCGGCGCGGCACCGCGUCGCAAUGUGCCUCGCGAACGCAGUCUGUACCGGUCCAGCGACCGAUUUGGAGGGCUGUUCUUUUCUCAAUCUUUCUUGCCGAAGAAGAGAACGACAGAAGCGGUUUGCGAAAAGGGCCAACGCGAGAGAUCGCAAUGUCGACGAAGCUGCAGCUGCUGUUGAUCGCGUUGCUGGUGGCGGUUCUAAUAGUGGACGUGUCAUCUGCUCAGCGCAGACGAAAAUAUCGGCGUCGCACGACCACGACAGAGGCACCCGUGCAAGAUGAGAUCAUGAACAUGUUGGAGGCUGACGAAAUAGCCGAGGAAGCAGAGGAGGCUGAGGUCAUUCUUGAAAAUGGCAGAAACGAGGUUGGAUCGAAGCAGCAGCGUUUGCUCCAGGAUCCGUGUAUGGACAAGCAUUGUGGCGCUGGUCGUGUUUGUAAGAAUACGGAGGAGGGCACGGCUGAGUGCGUUUGCGUGGAGCUCUGCAACCAGGAGGUCGAUCCGCGUCGCAAGGUCUGCACCAACUACAAUGAGACCUUGGGCAGUGACUGUGAGGUCUACCAGGCGCGUUGCUUCUGCGACACCGGUGACGCCAGGUGCAGAGGUCCCGACUAUCAACAUGUCCACAUCGUAUACUAUGGCGAGUGCCGACAGAUGCCUAUGUGCAAGGAAGAAGACAUGGCCGACUUUCCCAGACGAAUGCGCGAUUGGCUAUUCAACAUCAUGCGCGAUUUGGCAGAUCGUCAAGAAUUGUCAUCGCAUUAUCUGAAGAUGCAGCGCGAAGCUGAGACCAAUCACACUUUACGCUGGACGAACGCAGCUAUUUGGAAGUGGUGCGACCUGGACGGCCACCCACAUGACCGAACUGUAUCUAGGCACGAGCUCUUUCCGAUUAAGGCGCCUUUGAUGGCCCUCGAACAUUGCAUCGCGCCCUUCCUCGAUUCCUGUGACAUCAAUAAUGAUCACAAAAUCACGCUGGUUGAAUGGGGCAAAUGCCUGCAACUCGACGAGGACGACAUAGAAGAAAAAUGUGACGAGCUAGCGGAGGCAAACCAGGAGCAAUACUAGAGAAUUCGAGCCGGAGUCUGUGACUUUGUCGCACCGUUGUGACAGCAAAAUUAUUAUUUAAGCUAUUAUUAUCAAAAAAUUUUUUAUGAAAGAUAUACUUUCAAUUAGUUUUUGAAAAUUUGAAUCGCAUGACAUCUUGCUGCUGCAACGUAUUGUUGCUUGCAAAGUCCAGAAAAGUCAGCAUAAGAAGGACAACAUUAGCGCGAGCGAUGCGGGAUGGGACGCGAGGCGAGGCGAGCACAAUAGCGGACGGCGAGCGGGAUUCGGGAAUAAUCGGGGAAGACGCGAAGGACGCAGGUGACGCGCAGGGUAGGGUAGGGCAGAGGAACGGCGAGAGUCGGCGAGAGACUGGAUGAGAGACGGCGGCUGGGGAAAAAUGGCGGGAAAAAUCCUCGCCAACGCGCGCGCGCGCAUGGAAGCGCCAGCGCGCAGGUCCCGCGCGCAUCGACGAGUCGAUACCGCGCGGAUGAGAGAGGCAUCGUCGUCGAUGCUGAUACGGCACCCGAGGCCUGCCAACCGACAAUUAACCGACAUCAGACAACUCGACGCCUCAAUAAUACAGGCGUAAUUAUCAUCGCUCGAAACAACGGAAUUCGCGAUCACGAGCCGAUCACGGUCCGAUCCGACAGGGAGAAAUUCGAAUUUCCGCGUAAUCGAACGCUCUCGCUCGUCGAUCCUCUUCGAUACUUGGAAUCACAUGAUGCAAUUAAUUCGAAUUUAAGCGUCAACUGAAUGAUUCACGAGUAAACGUAGAAAAUUUCCGUUCGGAAGCAAACAGAGGAAUUUAUGGGAAACAAUUACGAAAGUAAUUUCUAUUACGAGCAUCAUUCGGAUGAUUUGAAUUUGGAUAACAUACAAAAGCGUAUUUCAAUUAUGAACAUAUAAAUGAAAACUUGCUCGGGCUGCGGAUAGAAGGAAUGCGUCAUCCGUAGCUCGAAGGGAGAGGCAGAUUCGUUCGUGUAAUAUGUCCAAUCGCGAGGCUAAAAAUAAACGCAGCAGGAUAUUUUAUCGACGAACGCGCAGAUUCCGAAAUGUUUGAAUAGCGUCACAGGGGUGGAUAUUUACAUCAUUAUUUGCCAUUUCAUAAUCACUCCAUAGAAAAUCCGCGAAACGUUCGCUUCGCCGUCCGACAAUCAGCCACGUAAAGACUUAGAUAAAACAUGGAAAUUCUUCCUCCGAGAAAGGAUAUUGCCGGUGCUAUAUUAUCAUAGAGGAUUCGACAUGAAAAUGGCCGACUCGUUCGUGCUUCUUAUAGUAUAAUUUUUGCAGCCUUGUAGUGCACGAUUUUUCUAUAUGUGACUUUUUGUAAUGAAAUCACUGCCUUUUUUCGUCAAUAAAGAGAAGUAAUACUA